AGCUGCGUCCUAAAGGAACUGCAGUCUCUUGGGAAGGAAUUGUACGGGGCCAAAUUGAUCGCUCAGCGGUUUCAAGUGAGAAGUUGCCCGCACGCGAAGAGCGCAGUGAGUGCCUCCACCUGCCUCCUGUCGAUGGUUGGAAACAACAAUCCCCAUCACUACUUUGUGGCCACACAGGAUCAAGAGUUGACUAUGAAAAUUAAGAAGUUGUCAGGAGUCCCUCUGAUGUACAUUAUCCAAAAUACUAUGGUCCUGGAGAAACCUUCUCUCAAAUCAAUUGCACAACUACGUUCUUUGCAUGAUAAUCAAUUUGUCCCCAUACAUCAGCAACAAACUAUACAGCAUUUGAAAGAAGAGCAUGGCCUUGUGAAGGAAUCUGAACCCAGGCAUAAAAAACGCAAAAGGAAAGCGGGCCCUAAUCCUCUUAGUUGUUUGAAAAAGAAGGUCAAACCAGCACCACAACCAAAUAAAGAGAAAAAACGAAGGCGAUCAAGAAAGAAAAGGAGAACAGAUAUAUCGUGUCAAACCUGAAGUUACUAUGCAGAGGUGUAAACCAGGCAUUUGUAAGAACAUGGACCAAAGUGCAAAGCUAUGUAGUUUUUCACAUAACACUUAGUGCUCUUGACUCUAUUACAGUCUAAUUGUUCCAAAAUUUGCUUAAAGUAGUCUGGAAGGUUUUUUGCAGAAAAAGCUAUAAUUGGAGUUUGAAUAUUUAUAAUUGUAUAAAAUAUUUAUAAAUGUUUAUAAAUGCUGAUGGUGUGUUUAUAAUGAUAACAUGAGAAAUUAGAACAGGAGUUGAUGGGCCUGUUGAGCUUGCUCCAACGUUUAGUCAGUUGUGCCUGAACUCUCCCCCUGUCUCUUGAUUCCCAAUGAGAUCAUCUCAGCCUUAAAUAUAUUCAGUGACAGAGUAUAAACAGCCUAGGGUAGAGAGCUGAAAUAUUCAAAUGGCUUUGCAUGAAAAUUUUUCCUCCUUGCUUCUGCUUCUAAACAAUUGAACUCUUGUUUGUACCCGGUAUUGUAGAUUUCCCAGCCAGAGGGGAAAAAACCUCUUCAUGUCUUCUGUUUAGAAGUGAACCUUCAGCUAGUUACUUCUCAACUCCAGAGUAUUAGCCAAGUUACUCAAAACAAUGGUACAAAACAAAUAAUUUAAUGCAAAAUUAUUUUUUAUAUGCAAAGCACUUUUAAGUAUUAUCGAGUGCUGAAAAAUCAUAGAAUGAGAUUUACAUUUAAAAAGACUCUAGACUGCAAGGUAUAAGUAGGUAAAUUGAUCCACUGUUAAAGAGUCUCGUGAGUACAAUGGACUACUUCAAUAAUGCUUGAAAUGUGACCGAUACUAAAUGGUCUACACCUCAUUUAAUUCAUUUAAUGGUAAUUCAAAAGAUAAAGCAGGCCAAAAUCCUUGAGUGCGUGACUAAUAUCUUCUCAGUAUGAAAUAUGUUAUAUCAGGUUAAAUCGGGUAUUCCCUGAAAAUUAAUCAUUCCUUGGAACUUCCAUUUUUCUCUUUAGUAACAAAGUACUGAAUGGGAAAUGUUCCCAAGCUCCUUCCUCAAUUAUUGACAGACCAUUCUGGACUGAAAUGUUGUUUUCCUAGAAUCUAGAAUAGAAGUAGUUGAACUUCAUGCUGACAUGCCACACGUAAACCAUAUUAAUAGCGUAUCUAGAAUGUAAAUCAUGAGAUUUAAUCAUUUAUGCAAUCAUUAAUGGGCUUGGGCGUAAAGUUUGUCAGAUUUUAAUUUAUCAUUUUUGUUAUGGUGCACAAGAUAUCUCUCUCCUGAAACUGAAGAAGUCUCAGCGGAAAAACUAUUAUUUAUGGACAGUUGACUUGUCAGUUUGCCAAUGAAGUUUUAUGGAUCCAAUUUAUUCCAAGCUGGAUCCACUUGAGCCGAAAUAUUUUUGCUAGUAUAUGAAGCUGACUUCAUUCAGUAUAUUGUAUUUUUGCAAGCCCCCAACAGAGUAGAAGCAAUGCCCUCAUGAGAUGAUUUAAACUAAUUUACACAUUGUUGGGUUCCACAGUAUAGCAUAAGAAAGGAGAUACAAGCUGUACAAAAUGAUUGGCAGAGGGAGAUAGCACUUGGGUCAGCAAUAUUAAACAAUUAGGUAAAAUCAGAUUGGGAGUUAAUGUAACAUUUAAAUUUGGUUUACAGUCAAUAAGCUACAGGCACACAUAACCACAUGGCAACAUAUGAUUGUAGCGAUAAUGAAAACCUGUCUCAAGAAAGAACUGGGAACAAAACAUUCCUAGAUACAGGAUGUUCAGGACAGAUAAAGAAGGAAAGGAGGGGUCGGCCAUUUGAUUAAGGGGAAUUUGAUAUAGUGCUUGAGGGAGAGAUCAAAUACAAUUUAUUUGUUUGGAAGUAAGAAAGCAUAGAGGAACUAUUACACUACUGCGUGUGUUCCAUUGCCACCACCUUUAAAGGGAAAGAUAGGAUUAAAUUUGCAGGGAAACUGGAGAGAGGUGCAGAGUUAUAUAGAUGGGAUGUUGAUAAUCCCAGUAUCUUUUAGAAUAAUUAUAAAGGGAGGAAAGAGUUCUUGAAGUGCAUUCUUGAUUAAAGUGUUUCUAACCCAACAGAGAUAAAGGCUUUUAUAAGGUUUAAGUAAGCUAUAAGAAAGGAUCAAGUGUAUUCUAACGUAAAAAAAUAAUUGGAGCAGGGCCAAUUUCAAUGGGGUGACAACAGAUAAAUUGGUCAACUGGAAUCAAAACCUGCAGGCAAAACUAACAGAACAAUUGACUUUGAAGAGAAAAUGAUUCUGUUACUUUGGCUCAAUCAAGGUACAUUCUCACAAGGGAGAGAGAUUUUACAACUAACGCCAGGCUGACUAGAUGACAAAAGAGAUGGAGGUUAAAAUGAAAUAGGAAAUGGGUAAAUCUGAUGAUACAGAUAACAGCCACCUGAACAUUGCAAGUUCAGAGAGAAAAUGUAAAAGAAAAUAAGACUACAUCAGAAGGGACUAAAAGCUGCUAUAAAAGGAAAAGCAAAAAUCUUCUAUCAACAUGAAAUAAUAAAGAGGGAGUAGGGGAAGGAAUUGACUUAACGAGGGACCAGAAAUAGUUGAAAGAGAAGGUUAUGGCCAAGCUGAAUGGGUUAAAAUUGAUAAAGAGGAGACAUUAAGAUAUCUAGCUGCAUUCACGUAGGAUUGCAUAAGAUAGAUGGCAUAGAAACAAGCAUUCAGCCCAACCAGCAUAUGCCAGUGUUUAAGGUGCACUUGAGUGUGUUUUUAUCUUUUUUCAUCUAAAUCUACCCCAUCAAGACUUCCUAUUCCCUUCUCGUGUUUGCCCAGUUUCCCCUUAAAUGCAUCUAAACUAAUUCAAUUAAUUCCUGUGGUAGCGAGUCCCAGUACCAUUCUUUUGAAUAUAAUGUUUCUUCUGAAUUUCUUGGUGAUUAUCUUAAAUUGAUGAUCUUAAGGUAUCUCCACCCCACAAGAGAAAACAUCUCUGUAUACAUGUAUUAAAACCUUGCACAAUUUUAA